AUGGCGUCCUCGGCCGCCAGCCCCGGUAUCAAUGUCACCAGCUGCAGCACGGAGAGGAGCGCCCUGGCGCAGGCGCUGACCCAGGCCUCCAUCGGCCUCGUCCUGGCGCUGGGCCUGCCGCUCAACGCCGCGGCCCUCUGGGUGCUCGGCCGCCGCCUGCGCAGGUGGACGGAGACCCGCGUCUACAUGGUCAACCUGGCCGCGGCUGACUGCCUCCUGGUGCUGAGCUUGCCGGGGGUGCUGUCCACGCUGGGCCAGCCGCGGGGCGUGGAGGAGGGCACCGCCUGCCGGGUGCUGCAGGGCUUCUACCACGCCAACACCUACCUGAGCGUCGGCCUACUGACCGCCGUGGCCGCCGACCGCUAUGCCGCCCUGCGCCUCCCGCUGCGGGCCCGGGGCUGGCGCAGCCCCCGCCAGGCCGCCCUCACCUGCGCCGGCCUCUGGCUGCUGGUGCUCGCGGCUGUGGGGCUGUCUGCGGCCGGGCUGCGGCCGGGGGAGCGCCUCUGCUUCGGCCGGGGCCACACGCGCGGCCCCAGGACACUGGCCUUCUCCCUGCUGCUCUUCUUCCUCCUGCUGCCGGUCAUGGGCUUCUGCUCCGCGCAGGUGCUCUGGCACCUGGCCCGGGAGCGGCGGCGGGCCCCGCCCCAGUUCGCCGGCCUCACCCUCAAGGCCCUCCACGUGGUGGCCGCCAACCUGGUCACCUUCCUGGUGUGCUUCCUGCCGCUGCACGUGGCCUUGCUGGCCACACUCGUGGCCCAGUGGACAGGCGCGGCCUGCCCCACUGUCCAGAGGGUGGCUGCCUUCGUGCAGGUGGCUUCCCGCCUGGCCAACGCCAACUGCUGUCUGGACGCUGCCGGCUACUAUUUUGUGGCGAAGGAGUUCCAGGAAGAGGUGGGGGCCCUCCUCGUCUCGCCCCAGGGUGCUUCUGCCUCGGAGCCCCCCGGUCCCGGAGGCCAGGGCGGGGCAGCAGAGGAGGCCAGGGGCCCGCGAGCGCUCGCCCCUGCUCCACAGGGGCCGCCGGGAAGACGGCCGCCUCCUUGCCCCGGGGUGGCUGGCGCGGUCACCGACACUGCGGGCCCCCGGGAGGGCACCCUCGUGCGCAGGACUGAAUAA